GCUGCUGCUGAGAGCAGAACAAACCUCUCCUCAUUCAGACUCAGACUGAGAUUACUGUUCAUACACAUCCCUUAUACUUCUUAAUGAAAUCAUUUUAAGAAUUAUAAAAGGGAAGAAAAUAAUAUACAUUUGCUGCCAGGAAAUAAACUAUACUAAAACUUAAAGUUUAGUAAAAGUACAAAUUUUGCUAUUCUGACUAAAGAUGCUCACAGACAUGAUAGAAGGAGAAUUUGAUAUUAAAGAGGAAGAACCAUGGUACGACCAUCAAGAUCUGGAACAUGAUCUUCAAUUGGCUGCUGAAUUGGGUAAAAAUUUGCUGGAGCGGAACAGAGAGUUAGAACAGGGACUCCAACAGAUGUACGCCACGAACCAGGAACAGCUACAGGAAAUAGAAUAUUUGUCCAAACAGGUAGAUUUGCUGCGGUCAGUGAAUGAUCAGCAUGCUAAAGUCUACGAGCAGCUGGACGUUACGGCACGAGACCUGGAGCAGACAAACCAAAGACUGGUUCUGGAGAACCGUGCGGCCCAGCUCAAAAUUGAAGGGCUCACAGAGACUGUGGAAGGGUUGCAGACACAGGUGGAAGAGCUCCAGAGAGACGUUAAAGAGCAGAAGUUGGUUUCUGCUGAACAGACCCGGCCCAGUGCACACUUGGAACCCCCACAACCUUGUUACGAUCAAGGUUUCACAUGCAACAAAAAGCAGUGCCAAUUACACAAGUACUGUUCUUAUAAGCACUCCUUCUAUGCCAGCCGUUCUUCUCUGAAGGAGGAACAGGAGGAGGAGCACCUGGACCUCCUGAGCUCCAUCAGUUCCCUGCAGGCCCAGCUGAGCACAGAGCGCACUCUGAGAGAGGCCGCGGAGCAGGAAGCUGACGCUCUGGCACACGAGCUCAGUGAACUGGAGCCAAAACUGGCACUGCUGGGAGACUACCAGGACCGCCUGGUGGAGAUGGAGACAGAAGUCGAGGAGCUCCGAAUUCUUUUGCGCUCUAGCACCCAAACCCUCCUGCCAGACACAGUGUUCCUCUCAUCAGAGGAAGAAGUGGGCGUGGUCAAACAUAGGGUAUGUGGUCUAAAGCGCUGUUGCAGUGAGAGGCAGUUGCGUAGCUUCGUCUGCGACGAGAGAGGGGCAACAGACAGUGUCAGCGAGAAUGGCCGGGGCUGUUUUCAACACAUCGAGGAGGUGAAGCAUCACAACAUCUCGCUUCUAAAUGAGGUGGAUGCCCAAUACACCGCCCUGCAGGAGAAAUACAACACGCUACUGCGACAUUGUGAGAGCGGGAUGUUGCCACAGAACCAUAAAGCUGUGCAGACACCAGCCAAUAGUUCUGUCCAAACCCACACACACUCCCAGAGUGCAAGCACACAGGACGAUGCCCAGCUGCCUGAGUAUAAAGCCCUGUUCCAGGAGAUUUUCACCUUUAUUCAAAAGAGCAAAAAGGACCUGAAGGAAAAUAGGAUGAAGCCCAGUCAGGUUGAAUAAGGCACAACUCUCUGCGUCUACAGAGAUUUUCCAGGCAUGUGCUAUAGUUGAACCUGCCUUCACUGCCAAAGGGUGUUUAGUCUGUCUGACUGGAAUAAUUCAUUAGUAAGCUGGCUAGCUGAACUCGUAGAGACCUUAAAGGUGACAGAACACGAUAACACACCUGAAAAAUCAAAUCUGCUUUUAUCUGCACUCAGUGAAAUGUACAUGUAUACAGUAUAUCCCAUGAUGACUAUUUAGAAAGCCCUUUUAUAAAUGCAAGUUGUAAAUGCUUUUAAUGUAGCAAACAAAAAGCGACUUCUGGAAACUUAAAAGUAAGUAAUGUAAGUGAUUAUUUGUGUAUUUUUACAAUGGGUGAAUGAACUGGUAGAGCAUGGCACCAACAACGUCGAGGUCAUGGGUUUGCUUCCCAAGGAAUGCACAAACAGAUAAAACAUAUAACUUGAAUAUGUUGUAAGUUGUUGUUGAUAAAAGCAUCUGACAAAUGUAUAAUUGUAAACUGAAUCUCACAAAAACAUGUCCAGGUCAUAUUUUACCCCGAACCCCCAAAAAUGAAAAGAACGUUUGCAUUAAGAAAAGGAAGUAUACUUUUUGUACCAUUAAGAUUUCUUGCCUUUUCCUUCCAGUAAUGAAUAUAAAUAAUUUAUUUUAUUUUAUUAAUGUUUGUAAUUCUCAUUCAUCCUUAUGUGGUGCAGUAAAGACAAUGGAGGGCCUAAUUGUCAUGAAAAUACUGUAAUAUCACAAUUCAAAUCUUAAAUCUUAAAGGCACAAAAAUAGAUGUGAUUUUCUUUAUUGCAAAUAUAAUUUCUUAUUUUUGUCUUUUGAUUUUGGGGUGAAAUGUGAUGUAAUCCGUCCAUGAUCUUGACAUUUACAUUUUUGUCAUAACUGAUCUGUAUGGAAGCCACACCUAUCUUUAAGAUUUACGCAUUUCAGUUUCCUAAAAAAAUCCAUCAAAUCGAAUUGUGUAAUUUUUUUUAAAAAUUAAGUUAAUAAAACUUAAAAUAUUUAGUUUUUUUAAUUGUAUUUUGUUAAAGCUUAAUUCAGUUUGUUGGAAUUUUGUUCUGAAAUUAAAACUCAUAUGUCUUAAAAUAAUAAUAAUAAUUAUUAUUAUUUAAAUGCAGAUCCUGACAUGGAUGAGGGAAAUUUCUCACAGUUGCAAGAUAGUGAGACGUAAAGUCAGAAUUGUUUUCAUCUGUGGCAGGAUCCAAGGCUCCAUAAAUCUGUGCACUGUUGGAUCUACUAAGAGAAAAGAUUUAUUAGGGAGAUGAAACUAAAGUGCUUCAUAGCUUACUGUUUGUUCUGGAUGUUAAUACUGUUGCUUUACGUCAGAGCUGUUCAUUCAGACAGUACUUCUAUAACAGAGUUUAUCAAACUGCAGUAUAUGUGUCUUAACAGCUUGAGUAUCAUGAGAUUGCACCACUUCAUGACCUUUCAGCUUGUAGUGGAAAUUAUAGACAGAUUACUUUUUUCUGCAUAAAUUCCAGUUGUAUAGCAAGAAAUACACAAAUCUGGGCAAAUACUUUUCAGCAAGUAAAGAAUAAAUCAUUGUAGAGUUUUUACCUCUUUUUUGGUCAUCUGUUCAUAACACAACAUGGACUUUUAACCCAGAGGGACACUUUGGAUUGAGGACAACAGAGAACAGUUGUCUUCACUCCCAGUUGAAAGGCUGCUUCUAAUCAAAGCCCUUGAUAAGAUUUCAGUGACAUGGCAUGGCAUUAGCUAAUGUCUUUAUCAGGUUGACAGAAAACAGAACACGGAAUACAAAGACAACACAUGGUACAUCUCUCCCGUACCCUCAUCAAAACUAUUAAUGUAACAUUGCAUAUCAGGGCAAAAUAUGCGUGAGAUUGCAUUUUGUUUUCAUCUUUAAACAUGUGAAUUAGAUACUGCAUUACAGUCCAAAAUAAUGUGAUAAUUUCACAUUCAACCCAUUUUUCUUCAGUUAACUGAACGUUAUCAAUUUAUUAAUCAAUAUGAGUGUUGGAUUUGGAUUAGCCUUUCAAAUUUAGAUCAAUUUAGCAUUUUAACAAAAAAUUGGAGACAAGAUUUCAACUGCAGUGUUUAUUUAGAAUGAUAUACAAAUAAAUAAAUAAAAAAAAUGUUUAAGUUGCUGAAAACCUCUUCUAUUUGAAUAUGAGACCACAGAAUUGGCAAUGUUUACAGUGAGUCUUUGAGUAUGUGGAAUGUUUUAAAAAACUGACAUGACAGAUGAUGUUUAAUAUUGAGGAGGUGUACAAGAGUUUGAGAACACAGACAUAUAGCUGUAUGGGAAGGUCAGACAGAACUGUCAGAUUUAAACUACAAUGAUACAAUAAAUCCCCUGAAUGAUUAAGAGGCACUUUCUACUAAAAAAAAAAAAAAAAAAAAAAAAAAAAAAAAAAUAACAAAA